AGCAUCUGGGCCGGUCUCGUGGGCAGCGUGAGCGAGGCAAUCGAUCUGUUUGGCUGGGACGACAACGUGACCAUUCCGGUGCUGUGUGGGGCCGGUCUGUGGGCCUUUUUGCGCACUUUUGGCCACGGAUAAUGGAAUAUUCGAAAUAUGCGUCGCUCUCGACUUAACUUCUCCUUGGGAGGGAGAGGCCAAAGUGCUGUUGGGUACUGGCAAAUUCGACUUUGCGAAAACCAGAUCUUGAUAUCAAGCCAGCUUUAUACUACUAUGUGUGUGCUAUGCUUGCUUCCGCAAUGCUACGUAACGCUACGCUAUGUUAGGCCGUGCAAAAGGGGGUAUCUCCAAACACAUGCUACCAGGAAUGCUAUACUAAUCGACUUUUGCCACAAAGCCCCGAACCUCUCCUUUUCGAGAAUGUCCCGGAGACGCAAGCCCAUUUCCAGAGCACUAUCCAAGGCAUGAUGAGUUGCCAAAAUCAACCAAAAUCAAGCUUUGCACGA